GCGCAGGGACUGCAGCACACCCUCAACACUUGGACCUGACAGUUCAUCUACAUUAAUCCGCAAACUACACCUGCAGCCUGACAUGGAGCGCAAAAUCCCCAACUUUGCCGGCACCUGGGAGAUGAGGAGUUCUGAGAACUUCGAGGAACUCUUGAAAAAGUUGGGUGUGAACAUGAUGCUGCGUAUGAUUGCGGUAAAGGCAGCUUCCAAGCCUCUGGUGGAAAUCACGCAGGACGGAGAGACGCUGUCCAUUAAAACCUCAACCACAGUCCGCACCACCCACAUCACCUUCACUGUGGGGCAGGAGUUCAAUGAGACCACAGUGGAUGGACGUGCCUGCACGAGUUUCCCAUGCUGGGAAACCGACAGUAAGAUCAGAUGUGAGCAGACUCUGCAGAAGGGAGAAGGGCCUAAGACGUCCUGGACCCGAGAGAUAACCAACGAUGGCAAACUGAUCCUGACCAUGAAAGCAGAUGAUGUGGUAUGCACCAGAGUCUACGAGCGACAAUGAACAAGAGCACUUCUCACUUUUCGUCCUUCCAGUCUCCCCCCUCCUCUCCUGCAUCACCACGUGCAUCACUAAUCCUCCUUUGAUAAGGCAGUGCUGGGAGAUAGCAGUUUAUAGUUUUAUUCCAGUAUCUCCGUUAGCUUCACUAUGUAAUAAGUGUGGUAACUGUAUCUAGUAUGUCACAUAUCUACAUGAUGGUCUUAGCUCCUGAGUUAUCUGCCUGUCUCUCCAGCUCCAUCAAACAUGACCAGGUGGGCUUUAAACAUGAAAGUGUGUAUUGGAUUUGUUGAGUGACAGCUCAUUUAUUUGGCAUUGUAUGUAAGUGUGUGUGUGUGUGUGUGUGUGUGUGUGUGUGUGGCAGCAGAAGUGGUGUGAGACUAUAUUUGUGAAUGUGUAAAUCAAUCUUUGAGCUCUUCCAGUUUCAGGUCAGUUAUGAUGUGUUUCUUUAGCCCUGCCCCACAACUUUAAUCUUUUCUAUCUCAUGACGACAUUUUAUAUUUAUUACUACACUAGGAGUCUGAUACAGUACUGCUUAAGUUUUUACUUUGUGUCUCUUUUAUAUGAAAUUUGAUCAUAGGAAACAACACUUUCUAUUGGAAAACAAUAAAGCACGAUGUUAACUCAGCCUGACUCUUCGACUCUUGGCCCUCCUGCACUGAAAACCAUUAGGGGCAUGAAAUCCUUUGACCGUGCACGUUUUAUGGUUUGUGAGUGUAGCUGCAGAAUAUAUAUGCACAUUCGAUGUCUCCAUCUUAUUUUAAGCUCUCUGUCAGCUGUCUGCAACUAGAAUAACUUGUCUGUCCCCUCCCUCUCAGUCUCUCCUGCUCCCUCUUGGUUUUUUUGUCUCCCCAUCCCUCCGUCAAUCAUCUCUCUGCCACAUGCCCUCGUUAUUCCUCCCUCGCAGCGCUUCAAGGCUCAAAAUGUUUCCAUGUGACUUUUUUUCUCCCCCUUGCUCACUUUUAUCACACAUUUCAUGUGGAUCUGCUCAUCCUGCAAUUUUUCCCUGGCAUGUGAAGCAACACGCAGAGAGCCAGCUGCAGGAAUGCCACUGUUGGGCUCUGCAGUUUUAUUAUUUCCAUUUCAAAUGCCAAUUGGCUAAAUUAGGUUCAUAUUUCUCUGGAAAGUCUUUAAAGGCUGCCUGACUUCAAGGAAUAGUUGAUUAUUUUGGGAAAUAUGCUCCUCGCUUUCGUGAGAGAGUCAGAUGAGAACAUUGAUACCACCCUCAUGUGUGUACAGAAAAUUUGACACUAGUGUAAAGUGACAGUUCAUCAUUUAAUAUAGGGGGAUUUCUUGGCUGGGACAAGACCCCAGGAACAGCACCAGCCUUUGCACUCGAUUUGGCAUAGUAGCCAAACCAUGGAAUUACAACUUGCAGGUCCGUCACAUGAUGCCAUUGGACCCAAAAAGAAUUUUCCCCAUGGACUUACAUUGUGAGGGACUCAAAAAUGUAUUCCCUUUCAAGUUAGCAGAGGGUUAAACCUGACGUUAGGUGCUCCAUUGGUGAAAGUUAGUCAGUUGGCUGAUGAAAGUCUCUAGUGCGCUUGCUCUAUGAGCCCAAUGAUUCGGAAGAUCUGGUUAAUUUUCAACCUGAGAACUCUCACCAUGCCCCACUGAACGACUUUCAUAGGAACGAACGAGCCCCCACCUUCAACGCUGUAUUUUUUUUAAACUUUUUUUUAAGUCAUACCAGUGUUUUAUAUUUUAUUUUAUUGUAAGUUACACAAUUUAUGCGUCUACUCAUG